AUGUCGGCCUCGUCGCGCAGCCAGAGCUCCUCCCCCGAUAUCCUAGGUCCUCCAGGCGAUGCCCAGUACUUGAUCUCAUCACCGAUUAAACCCUUCUCAGGGCGCCAAAGCUGGAUGUCUCCUAUGAUCAGGAAAUCACAAACCCCGGCCAAGCGACCGCGACCGCGCGUCAGUCUCAGUCCCGCAAAAAGCGCGCAUUCGAUUCAGUUCAACGAUGUCAUACUCCCUGGGUCACCGACAAUGAAGCUCAAUGGUGGCCGGCAGAGGUCACUCUCUCCGGAGAAGCUUCAGGAUGGAAAUGUUAGCCCGUGGCGCAUACGACUCACGCUCGAAGCGACACAAGAUGAAGAUGACGAGAACCGGGGUAGCCCGUCGCGCAAACGAUUUAAACCCUCGACCAUGACAACGAUGAUACCAUUGAAGGAUGAGAGGAGUCCAUUGAAGGAGAAGACGCCCUUAAGGCGGCGAGGUCGUCCACGAAAGUCUGACAUGACUUUUUCCCCGUUUCCUGGAGGCGCUGGACAAACCCCUCGCCCUGGACAUACACCUGGACCGGGACACACUCCUGGACCGGGACACACUCCUGGACCGGGACAUACUCCUGGACCGGGGGAUACUCCUGGGCUACUAGUUAAUGACUCUCAACCGCGCAAAAGAGGCCGACCCCGGAGCACGCCAAAACCCAAACUACAAGAUUUCCAGCUGCUGGAUGACCAACCAACACCGACGGGCGAAUACGACCACACCUUUAGUCCGAUGGAUAUCAUUCCCAAUAGUGAUGUCCUCCAAACCCAGCAAUUCAGCCCAAUGGACACCAUAACCAAUGAAGCUGAUCUGGGUCAACACGAAUACAGUCCGAUGGAUACUAGAGCUAGUGGAAUUAGUCUGGACCACCGAAGCUUCAGUCCCACGGGUGCUUACACUAGCAACGCUGGCCUAGACCAAGAACGAUUCAGUCCGACGGACUCUUUCGCUGGGAGCAAUGCGCACGCUAGUCCCUUGAAUCUCGUAGGGGAUGCAGACUCCGAAGACGACUCUUGGGGGAACUCGGACAUGUCAAUUGCAGAGCUUCCUGACCCAACAGAGCCCAUCACGGAAGAUCUUAGCAAUAUUCGCCGUGAGUACGGUCGAACGAGUUUGGAGACGCCUGUUAUCGGAGCUACGGAACAUCACUUUUUGGAUGAUGAAAACAUCCACUCUACCCCUUCUAAAAUGCCAUCACCUACACGCGAGAGAGCAAUAAUGUCAUCGAGAGCUUCUCAUAAUACGUCUAGCCCACAACCACGCACAUAUCCCACUCCGACCCCCACAUCUUCGCUGGCCGACGAAGAAAAUCAAACCCGACAAGUCGACGUGAAUCACCCCCCAAGGACAGAAACCCAUCAUGCCGAAACCGAUCCCGCAGACGAGUACGAUGAAUUUGACACUAUCAUGGAAAGUGAAGGAUUCACUAUGAUUUCCCUUGAUACACUCCCAUCAGCCAAGCAGCAUGGAUUCGGCUCUAGCGCUGCGACGAACGGGGGUCCCAAACCAAAGGAAGUCGGAGACCGGUUGAGACGCAAACUUCCCGGGACGAUCGAAGACCUGCGAGGUGAUUCUCGCGCUCACAGGUCAUCCAGUCCAGUCACUACAGGCCUAGAUGCUAGGCUAUACGAAAAUCUCGGGUCUCAUAUUCCGGAAAAGCGCACGGUACAUGCGAUUGAACAGCAAUCUGUCAACUACAUGAAUGAGAUCGCCCACCCUGAACUCCCUGGCGCGUCAUCUCCCGCUAAGCCAACAAUUGUUCCGAAGAAAAGGACAUUCACCAGUUUAGCGAAACUUGUUCGUCUAAGCUUGGCCCUGCAAGGUCCCUUUAGGCCUCAAGCAGACGAGUGGUCAGGUAAGAGUAAUACUCGUCACAAAAGACGUCGGUUGGAGGGUGUUUUCAGCACAUUCAACGCUGAAACGCAGCGGAAACUCCGAACUGCUAUGGGGCUAGGACAGGAGCUUGCUAUGCGUCGAAUGCUCGCCGAUGAAGAUAAGGCUGCGGCUAUAGCAGCAGAUCGUGCAGCAUCUCGUCUCGAGGAGCAACGUCUCCAAGAGGAGCAGGAAGAACAGGAAGAACGUCACUAUAACGAUUUCAAUGACGAAGAAUUGGAAGAGCAGGAGCAUGAUGAACCCUUCGAAUAUGAGAUCAAGAAGCAAGAAGAAUACACCCCACUCUCACAUUCCAAGCUCAACAACACCAUGCAGCCAAGCCCGAUCUCCCACCAAAAGGCACAUCGGGAAGCACAAUGGCAACUUGAACGAGAAGCGGUCAGCCGCCAGGCUCAGAUGGCUUCAAACUCGAGGUCGGUCGUCUAUAUUGAUAGCGAUGAGAAUGCGCCGGAAAAUGAUGGGGACAUUGGACUUGAAUAUGAACAAAGAUCUGAGUCUGAGAUCAGAAAUGGGUUUGAUGAAGAGCCGAAUGAUCCUGCACCAGAACCAGAACCAGAACCAGCGCCAUCGCCAUCACCAUCGCCAUAUGUACCUGACGCUGAACCAGAGCCCGAGCCCGAGCCCGAGGAUGAUGAGGAUGAUGGCUAUGAUGACAUCUGGCAACUCGAAGCCAACGAGCACAGCCAUAUUUCACAACAGUCCCAGGAGGAGGAUGUUGAGUCUAAUCCGCAGCCGUUUGCACGUCCUUUGGGCAACCUUGCUCCAAUUUCCGCUGAUCAAGACUACUUAAGCUCAUCUCCUUACGCUACUUCGGAACAUAAUUAUGCCGCGCGCUUCGGGCCGUCCAAAGUUCGCGAGCUCCGUGAACAAAAGGUCGAUUUGUCUGCUUUGCUUGCGGAAGAGGAUACACCAAAUCGCGCGCGGUAUUACAAUGGAACGAGCACGCCUCGGGGUGUACUCGCCCGCCCAUCAGAGACACAGAAUUCACCAAUCAAUAAACCUGUCAUGAAGGACGCGGUAUCGCGUACUCCAGCGCAUAUUCGUUUACAACCUCUCUCCCAGUCCAGCCCUGAUGCUCCCAGUCCACGGGUCCCCAGUCCACAAAUCGCGUCCCUCGGUGGGAAGAAAUCUCCAAAGGUUGUCCAAAGAAGCCCACCCAUGCAAGACGCUUUGGAAGAAGACCAUGACAACGGCAGCGUUUUCGAUGCUGCACUCAGUCAAUCAGAAUCUGCCAACGUCGGCUCUGCCUCUACCCCACAGCCUCGACAGCUCAAUAGGGAGGAGCCAGGAUCAUCCUGGUUCAGCAAAAUAACCAGUUUCACUCCGCAAUGGCUAAAAGCCCCCACCCGUGACCGAAGUUCAAGUGUCAGUACUAUUCCGGAGGAAGCAUCUGACUUUGAAGAUGAAGAGGAAAUCGCGGGCAUUGAAUCUGCGAAGGAGCUUGACGGCCAUCUCCAGGAUGAGCCGCUCUCAAAGCAGGCAAGCCAAUCGCCUGCGAGCCACUGGAGGCGGUCAUCUUCAUCUCAGUCUCCCCAGAUACAGCAAGAUCUUAUUCCUACAAUGGAAAAGGAGGACCUAACACACGAGCGAAGUGUUUCUCGAGACCUCUUAGAAGAAGAGGUGGCGAAUUCUGAGCGGAGUGUCUCGCAAGAUCUCUUGGAGAACGAAAAUGCAGAGCCAAUGAACCAGCAUGGGGGGUCUCCAGGGCCUCGACCACUUGCCCUUUUCGGAUACUUCUCCGACGAGCAUUACGCCGCGCUUCGUCGUAUCUACCGAGUUGCCAAGCGAUACCCCGAGCGCUUUGAAUACUACGAUUCCCCAGGGCGGGCUGCCAUUAUCGGUGAUUGGAUAUGGACCUCCGAUGGUCAUCACGGGGUGCCCAUCACAGAGAUCCAGUUUGCCAUCAUUGAUCGCUUUGCCCAGGAACUUACUCGGGCUGAUAUCCAAUAUGGUGGUAGCGGACAGAUCGAUUGGACAGAAGCUGAUCUGCACCGGAGACUCAUUAGCAUCAUUAUUGGCGAGCAGAUCCGAGAGGAAAGAAAGGCCAAGGCGAGCCGGGGUACUUCGGUGGAUACAUGGCGAUGA